AAACACGCACAAACCACGACAAGCGUUGCACUUGUGCUGCCUAAGAAUGGAGAGCCUCAGAAUUUCGCCCUUCCUUCACUUUGCUGUGUUACUGCUGAUCGUAGCUGUUACACCAAGAAUGGCCACAGCGUUCCAUGCGGCGAUGAACGAGCACGCAUCCAGGUCUAUCGGUGGGCAGGCAGGCUUGGGCCAGUUCGGCCUGCCUCCUCCUGUCCAGCAGUUCGGCCCCCCUCAGUUCGCUGCGAGCCCGUACGGAGGGCCUCCAGCGAGCGCCCAGUUCGGUCCGAUGCCCCAGCAGUUCGGUCCGAUGCCCCAGCAGUUCGCAGCGCCGCCCCAGCAGUUCGUACCACCACCGCCUCAGCAGUUCGCCGCUCCUUUCGCAAGCAUGUCUCCAGGCAGUACGCACUACCCUGCCUUGCCCGCUGGCUUCAUGGGCAAUGCUGGUGCCAACCAGCUCGCGGAUGCGCUGGGCCGCUCCGCUCACAGGAGUGCCGCUCAACAUGCUAAUCAACGCAAGUAGUGCGGAGCAGUUGUUCUGUGCUGACAGCGACACUGUGUGUACUAUGGCAAUAAUGAAAUAAAGGUUUGGAAACAAGAA